CCGCCGCCGCUGCCGCCGCCGCCGCCGCCGCCGCCGCCAUGGCUCAGUACAAGGGCGCCGCGAGUGAGGCGGGUCGUGCCAUGCACCUGAUGAAGAAGCGGGAGAAGCAGCGCGAGCAGAUGGAGCAGAUGAAGCAGCGGAUCGCCGAGGAAAAUAUAAUGAAGUCCAACAUUGACAAGAAGUUUUCAGCACAUUACGACGCUGUGGAGGCAGAGCUCAAGUCCAGCACUGUGGGUCUGGUGACCCUGAAUGACAUGAAGGCCAAGCAGGAGGCACUGGUGAAGGAGCGGGAGAAGCAGCUGGCAAAGAAGGAGCAGUCCAAGGAGCUUCAGCUGAAGCUGGAGAAGCUGCGAGAGAAGGAGCGCAAAAAGGAGGCUAAGCGGAAGAUCUCGAGCCUGUCGUUCACCCUUGAGGAAGAAGAGGAGGGAGCUGAGGAGGAGGAGGAGGUGGCGAUAUACGAGGAGGAGCUGGAAAGGGAAGAGGUUAUCACGAAGAAGAGGAAGUUGGGGAAGAACCCAGAUGUGGACACAAGCUUCUUGCCUGACCGAGACCGUGAGGAGGAAGAGAACCGGCUACGGGAGGAGCUACGACAGGAGUGGGAAGCCAAGCAAGAAAAGAUCAAGAGUGAGGAAAUUGAAAUCACCUUCAGUUACUGGGAUGGCUCUGGGCACCGACGGACAGUCAAGAUGAAGAAGGGCAACACCAUGCAGCAGUUCCUGCAGAAGGCACUGGAGAUUCUGCGCAAAGACUUCAGUGAGCUAAGGUCAGCCGGGGUGGAGCAGCUCAUGUACAUCAAGGAGGACUUAAUCAUACCUCACCACCACAGCUUCUACGACUUCAUCGUCACCAAGGCAAGAGGGAAGAGUGGGCCGCUCUUCAAUUUUGACGUUCAUGAUGAUGUGCGGCUGCUGAGUGACGCCACUGUGGAGAAGGACGAGUCCCAUGCUGGCAAGGUGGUGCUGAGGAGCUGGUACGAGAAGAACAAGCACAUUUUUCCAGCCAGCCGCUGGGAGCCCUAUGACCCUGAGAAAAAGUGGGACAAGUACACGAUCCGGUGAACACCCGUGGGAGGCGGUGCCGCCUCAGUUCUCCUGGCUCCCUUCCAGUUCCUAGGACUUUAGGUGGCCCCUUCUGCCCCUCCUCCUGUGCCAGGCAUGUUGGCACUAGGAAGGGCUUGGGGGACAGGGCUAGGUGACAGGAGCUGCUCCUCCUCUGUCCCCUGGUGCUGUUACUUACUGCUUUGUCAUUGACAAUAAAGAAUGCCCCUGUCAGCCCUGAAGCUAGCAUUGUGAAGAA